AUGUCCAGCGUUGAUUUUUAUGCUCAUCUUGCAUCACAGCCAUGUCGUGCUGUACAAAUCUUCAUGAAAGCCAACAAUAUCCCUUUCAACUAUCACUUUAUCGAUUUACCGAAAGGGGAACAGUCGACAGAAGCCUUUUUGAAGAUUAAUCCUUUUGGGAAAGUUCCAGCCAUUAAGGAUGGAGAUUUUUGUCUUGCUGAAGGUAUAGCUAUUGUUCAGUAUUUGGCUGCCAAAUAUUCCACGCCUGAACACUGGUAUCCUAAGGAUACUGCAACUAGAGCAAGAGUUAACGAGUAUCUAUGUUGGCAUCAUAGCAACACUAGAGGUGGUGCUGGCGGAGUAUUUUAUAAUGUGGCGAUAAUAGCAAAGGUGAGGCAACAACCCAGGAAUGAAGCUGCCAUAAAGGAAGCCAAAGAAAAAUUAACCUCAGCUCUCAAUAUGUUCGAGAAUUACUUCGUUAAGGAUCGUUCAUACAUUGGGGGUUCUGAAAUUUGUAUUGGUGAUAUAUUUGCAGCUUGUGAAUUCAGUCAGUUAGAUCACCUCGGUAUUGAUAUUGGCAAGAAAAGACCCAACGUGAAGGCAUGGAGAGAGCGAGUUAUUGCAAAGUUGGGAGCACAUUACCAAGAAGCCCAUGAGACUAUAGAUAAUUUUGCUAAACACUUCAACUUCACUACAGAACCAUUUGAGUAA